GUGCGUCCAGUGCGUGUCCGCCAUUCAUGCGAGUCGAUUUUGCUGUUUCUGUGUGUAUAGAAUAGAAAAGCAGCUUGGUGAGAAAACAGAGACACGGUGACGGUGAUAUUCGCGUGGCUUAGUGAAAACAUGAUACCAGUGGAUUAUUAAUUGAUAGCUAAACAUAUUUUGUGUUAUAGAGUGAUGACGAUAUCGGGAAAAAAAAUUAAAUAACGUAAAGGAAACCGUUGAUCAAUAAAAAAAUGCUUAUAAAAUAAUACACUCAAGUGCAAAGAAUAGAUAAAAGGAGAGAGAAUUUGAGACAUACAGAAUCAAGAAGAAAUAAAAUAUCAAAAAUAAAGAUUUAACUGACUCAAAAAUAUUACAUCAUGGGGGCAUUUUUGGAUACACCGAAUACAGAAAAAUAUAAUGAACAUGGUUCCGGGAAUGAUUUGAGGUAUGGUGUUGCCAGCAUGCAAGGUUGGCGGGUAGAGAUGGAAGAUGCACAUCGUGCAAUCACCGGUCUUGAAGGUGGUCUUUCAGAUUGGAGUUACUUUGCUGUAUUUGAUGGGCAUGCAGGGGCGUUAGUGUCUGCACAUAGUGCAGAACAUUUAUUAGAUUCAAUAGUAGAAACAGAGGAGUUUAAGUCAGAAGAUGUAAUAAAAGGAAUACAUUCGGGUUUUUUGCGAUUCGACCACAAGAUGCGUGAUUUGCCAGAGAUGAGCGAAGAUAAGUCAGGCUCAACUGCUGUCUGUGCAUUCAUAUCACCUAAACACAUUUAUAUUGCAAACUGUGGUGAUUCACGAGCAGUUCUCUACAGUUCUCGUUGUCCUGUAUUCUCUACAAGAGACCAUAAGCCUGCUUUGCCAGCUGAAAAAGAAAGGAUCCAAGCAGCAGGCGGUAGCGUUAUGGUUGAACGAGUCAAUGGCUCUUUGGCAGUGUCUCGUGCUCUUGGUGAUUACGAAUAUAAAAAUGUCGAGGGUCGUGGACCAUGUGAACAAUUAGUUUCACCAGAACCUGAGAUAUUUGUUAGAGAUAGAGACAUGGAGCACGAUGAGUUUCUUGUCCUUGCUUGUGAUGGCAUUUGGGAUGUAAUGACCAAUGAAGAUCUUUGUAAUUUUAUAUACUCUAGACUAUUGCUCACCGACGAUUUAGAAGAUGUUACUAAUCAAGUAAUAGACACUUGUCUACAUAAGGGUAGUCGAGACAAUAUGAGCAUAGUAUUGGUAACCUUCCCAGCAGCUCCAAAGCCAAGCCUUGAAGCUCAAAAAAAGGAAGCUGAAUUAGAAUUGGCCAUCGAAAGGAGAAUUAAAGAAAUCGUUGCAGAUCAUGAAGAAACGGACAGUUUUGAUUAUUUACAACUACUACAGAUUCUUCUAGAUCAAGAACUCCCCAACUUGCCCCCUGGAGGUGGUCUUCCAGCAAAGCAGCCACUUAUCGAGCAAGUCUUUCGAGAAGUGUGUCCCAACAAAGUGCAGAGCGGAGAAAUUGAGCGGUUGACAGGAGAAUUAUUUAAACGCUGAAGCCAUGAACUUGCUUUUGUUCAAGCCUUCGUACGUAAAUAUCGUGCAAUGCUUCAUAAUGGAAUUUUGUCUCAAUAAUCCCCAAGAUAUCAAAAUUAACAUAAAACAAAUAUCUUUAAACUCUUUAAUAAUUUAUUGUUUUAAAAGAAAAAAAAAAUUUUUUUAAGAUUUUACUUUGAAAUUUAUUUUUGUAUUAAUGGUUUUCAAUUAUCGAGACAAAAUGAUUUUUUAAUGAUUCUCUACAAAUCAUUCCUUGAUAUAAACACUUUUGCUUUUAUUGUUUUUUAUUAUAAUCAAAUUUUGUUCAACAAAACAUUCAUGUAAUACAGCUAUUCUUUUUUUUUUUCAUUGAACGUUUUCCGAGCUUAUAUUAACUUGGUGCAUUUUUCUUUUACUUUACUGAUUGAAUAUUACACCAUUGUCUCAAUAAUUCUUGCUUUAACGCUAAAAAAGUAAAAAAAAAAACAGACAUUCGAAUGAAGAUGAUUAAAAAUAUUAUAAUAAUAAAAAAUUGGAAAUACAAAUUUAUAAUAAACAAUUAUGAUGAUUAUGUUCAAAAUGAGUUGAUGAAUUUAUAGAUAAAUAUUACAUGUAAAUUCAUUAAUAAUAUAUCAUAAUUAUUAGUUAUUAAAAACAGAAAUGAGAAUAACAAUAGUCGAAGAAACUUUUACAGAAAAUCAAAUAAUAUAAAAGUAUAAAAAACCUAGAAAUAAUGAUCAACAAACAUUUAAAAAAAAAUAAUUCCGAAAAUGUUUAACAACUUAAUUUUUUGCAUCUCUUAAUUAAUAAUUUAAUCUCAAUACGUAAUGUAUUAACAUUAAAACGUUUAUGAUAUAUUGUACUUAUUAAAAAAAAUUUUCAUGUGAAGGGAUGAAUAAUGAUUUAUUUAAUAAAAUUGAUAGUGACUAGUAAAACUAUUCAAUUAUACGAAUUUAAAUAGUAGUUUAAUAUGUGGCGAUUAAAUAGUAAAAUAAUUUAUAAGUCAUGUUGUUGGGUAGUUUCUAAAUGUUUAUCUUCAAAUAACAAAUGAUAAAUAUCUAUUCUAAAGUUAAAUAUUUCAACCUCCAUUGUGUAAUGAAAAAACUACAUAAUAAUAAUUAUUACGAGUAUAGAAAUCAUAUAUUUUUGUAGUUGCAGUGGACUUGCACUUAAAAUAUUUUUAAGUAGCUCAUUUGUCUUCUCUUUCACAUCUAUAAAUAAAUUUUUAUUAAUGAUUAUUAAAAUUUUAAUUAAAAAAGCAAGUAGAACAAAUGUUGAAAGAGAUAAUAAAAAUUUAUUCACACACUAUAAAUAAAAUGAAAAUCUAAAUAAUGCAUAAUAAGUUUAUAUAAAACUGUACAUAAAUAUAAAAUAUUAAAUGCAAUGUCCACAAAUAUUGAAAAUAAACUUUCUUCACAUGAUAAAUGAAUUAAUUAAAGAUGCAAAAAUAAAAAAUAGAAAAUGUAAACAGUAAAUAGUAAAUCUAAAUCUGUAAUACUGUAGCACUGACGAGGGUCUUGAUAUACAUUAUCUUUUCAAUUAAUAAAUUUAACUUAAUUUUUAUUUAAGUUCGUCAUCGUA